AUGAAUAAGCUAAUUUCUCCUACACAGACGGCUUUUAUUAAAGGCCGACAAAUUUCGGAUGGCAUUCUUAUCACUUCAGAAGUCUAUCACUCACUGCAAACCGAACAAAGCAAGGGUCUUAUUCUUAAAAUCGACUUUGCAAAAGCAUUUGACUGCAUCAACUGGGAAUUUUUGUUUCAUGUGUUGGAGGUUAUGCAUUUCGAUGUUAAGUGGAUUAAAUGGAUCAGAAACCUGUUUGAUUCCUCAAGGGUUUCAGUCUUGGUAAACGGUAGCCCAACGGAGGAAUUUCACCCUACUCGUGGCCUCCGCCAAGGAGAUCCUUUGUCUCCGUUAUUGUUCAACAUAAUUGGUGAGGUCCUCUCCUGCUUGAUUUAUGCAGCGCAUAGUAAUGGAUUAUUUGAAGGAGUGGCGAUAAAUGGCUGUUCUGAUAGAGUUACUCAUCUCCAAUUUGCCGACGAUGUCAUACUAUUCCUCAACAAUAACUCACUCUCUGUCAAAGGUAUCAAGGCAACGCUUCAGGUUUUUGAACUCAUCUCAGGCUUACAAAUCAAUUACCGAAAAAGUAAGUUAUAUGGAUUUAAAGAAAAUCUUGAGCUACUACAAAGCUGGUCAGAUUGGUUAGGGUGCUCAAUUAGUUCUGAUCCACUCUCGUACCUUGGAGCACCUAUAGGACAGUCCCCAAAAAGAACAAUUUUCUGGAGGCCACUGGAGCAUAAGAUCGCUUCAAAACUACAGAGAUGGAACGCCUCAAAUGUUUCCAUGGCGGGACGGUUAGUGCUGCUUCAAUCAGUACUGGACAGCUCUCCGGUGUACUGGUUUAGUUUGUUUAAGAUGCCCCAGACGACUAUUCAAUAUAUUGAUAAACAGAGAAGACACUUUUUAUGGGGAGGUAAAACUAAUGGCCCGAGGAAAUUACAUCUUCUAAAUUGGGAGCGUCUUUGCACUCCUAAAUCAAGUGGUGGUCUAGGUAUUGCCUCUCUUGAGGUCCGUAACAUCUCGCUAUUAGCAAAAUGGUGGUGGAGAUGCUAUUCACAAAGAGAUCAGCUUUGGAAUACUAUCUUAACGCGUAAGUAUGGUGAGCUAAUCAGAUACAAUCUCGGGCUAAUAGCAGGCAGCUCUAAUCUCUCCCCAAUUCUCAAAGGCAUUGUCAAUUUAGGACAAAAUAAGAGGGUGGAACCCCUGUUAAGACCUCAUAAUUUUAAGUGGGAACUGGGCAAUGGAUCUUCAAUAUAUUUCUGGGAAGACUGGUGGUGGGGAGACGGCCCUCUGGCUACAUGUUACUCCAGAUUAUAUUCAUUAUCUAAGCUUAAGUUCAAGUCCAUCUUCGAAUUCUUAUCGCUAUGGAAUGAAACUGGUUCUGAUCACUUACUCUGGAAUCUUAAUCUUCUCCCUUCUGAUGUGGAACAAAUUUCACAGCUCAGAGUGUUAUUAAGAGACAUCCAACCGAGACAACACAACGACAAACUGUUCUGGCAGGACCACAAGGGCUCUCUCACCUCGAAAAAUCUUAUGAAGUGCAUGACACUUGGGGAUCGCACACCGCAUGCACCAUCCAGAAUUUGGUCUCUAAUCUGGAGUCUAAAGGUUCCGCCAAAAAUUAGAAUCUUCCUGUGGAAAGUUAGAUGGGGAAUCCUACCAUCCAAACAGCUACUACACUCAAGGUUGGCUGAAGUGAGCCCAUGCUGUGAUAAAUGCGAAAGUAUAGUUGAAUCCCAAAACCACAUAUUGUGGGAAUGCAAGAUUGCCAGGUGGGUCUGGGAUUUUAUAGCCAACUGGUGGAGCUUAAAGUCACAAUUUCUAAGGUUAACUUCAUUCUCUCUUGAGAAUAUUUUGUCGUUACAUCGAACUUCAGUGACAUCAAAAAUAUGGCACUUAAUCGUUGCAGCAAGUCUCUGGACCAUCUGGCUAGCACGUAAUGAGUCCAUAUUUCAAUCUUCAGUUCCACGUAAAUCGGUUCUCCUAAACUUAGUUUUCACAAGGAUUAACAAAUGGGGCGAGGCCUCAAAACUGACCCCAUUCACUGCAGACCCUCUUUGGAAAUCUAAUCCCUCAGGUGCAGUUGUGAUUUAUUACAGUAAGUUGAGUGCGGAGUAUUGGAACUAUAAAUUCUUGACUCAUGAUUUAGUAUGUAUGACGGAUGGGGCUUGGGGUGCAUGUGAAAAUGGAUCCCUCAAUGGUGCAAUCGGAGGUCGAAUUCUCAAUAAAGACAAAAGAGUGCUACAUGUAUUUUCAAUCCCAGUAUAUGUGGUAAACAGUCUGCAAGCCGAACUGGAAGCUCUACUUUACAUGUUAGAUCAAGUCAAGCGACACUUCAGCACAGCAUCUCAAGUAGCCAUAUGCUCAGAUUCAAAGGAAGCUUUACAGAUAAUCCGGAAAAGAGAGGUUCAUUGUGAAAUAUUGAGAAGACCCAUCCCUGAGUUCUCUUCUCUACUAGACUCUAUUGUUAGUCUCUACUACGUACCUAGAGCACUAAACUCGGAGGCAGAUGAUUUGGCUAAGGAGGGCCUAAACAGAGCCACAGAAGCAAUCUUCUGGGCGUCAUAA